GUGACGAUUUGUGACAAGUUGAAGCAAAGACUACUGCCUUCUCCCUUCAUGGCCUUUGGACAACAUAAUGUCCGAUGCUAAAAUCUGUCCCACUGUGAGUGGAAAUCCCCCUCCACCGGAGGUCAUAAAUUCAAAGAUGCCUGGACGCAUAACCAAUCAGCUGCAGUAUCUGGAGAAGGUGGUCAUCAAAGCUUUAUUGAGGCAUCAAUUUUCAUGGCCCUUCCGCCAGCCAGUUGAUGCAGUGGCACUACGUCUUCCAGAUUAUUAUACAAUUAUUAAAAACCCUAUGGACCUGAGCACAAUUAAGAAACGUCUUCAAAACAAUUAUUACUGGCAAGGACUCGACUGUAUAAAAGACUUUAACACCAUGUUCACCAACUGCUAUGUUUACAACAAGCCUGAAGAUGACAUUGUUUUUAUGGCACAGUCCCUUGAGAAGCUUUUUCUGCAGAAAGUUUCCAAGAUGCCAAAUGAAGAGUGUGAAGUCACAACAAUAACCUCAAAGGAACCAGUCAAAGGGAGAAAGACGAAUGCAGGUGAAAUCAAGCAGGGAUCCAUUGUUUCAGAAGUUGUCCUCCAGCAGACUGUUACAGUCAUUCCUCCUGAUGUGCCUACAUUUCUCCAACCCAUUAAGCUCUCUGCACAUAUUGAUGCAUCAAUCAAAAAAGGUUUUAAGAGGAAAGCAGAGCCGACAGCCGCCACCACCUCAGGAGUCAUCAACAGUGAGGUUUUCCCCACUGAGGAUCAUUCAGCACCUUGUACAUUACUCUCCAGGCGGGGCAGUGGAAGGCCCAUCAAACCUCCGAAGAAAGACUUGCCAUCCUCUGAGGUCAAGGUCAGACUGUCGGAGCAGCUCAGGUGCUGCAAUGAAAUUCUGAAGGAGCUGCUCUCGAAGAGACACUCCAUGCAUGCAUGGCCAUUUUACACCCCGGUCGAUGCAGUUGCUUUGGGCUUGCAUGACUACCAUGAUAUUAUUAAACAGCCUAUGGACCUUGGUACCAUCAAGAAAAAGAUGGAUCAGCGAGAGUAUGCAAACGCAAAGGAAUUUGCUGCUGAUGUUCGGCUGAUGUUCUCCAACUGUUAUAAAUAUAAUCCACCUGCACAUGAGGUGGUCUACAUGGCAAGAAAACUGCAGGAAGUUUUUGAGGCCCGAUAUCUGAAAGUUCCCGAAGAACUAGAGGGUUGUCCCUUACCUCACCGGGUUGAAAUGGUAAACACGGACAGAGUUGGAAAUCUGUUGACGUCAGCAAGUUCUGAAAGUGAAAGCUCCUCAGGGGAGGAGAGGUCGUCAGAAGAGGUGGCCAUGCAGCUGGCCAAUCUAGAGGACGGGUUGAAAGCUGUGAGUGACCAGCUAAAGAGACUCAGCCAAGAGCCCCAGCUGAAACCAAAGAAGAAAGACAAGUUGAAAAAGGAAAAAAGAUCCAAAGAAAAGUACAUCGCAAGACUGAAGCACAAAUCCAGCAGAUACAAAUCUAUGGUUGAAAGAAUGGCCAACCUCAAGAGCUCAAUUAUGCUUGCCAACAGGCACAAUAUCCAUGGAGUACACUCAAAAUGUGAGAACGAGGUCUCAUCAAAACCAGUGACUUACCAGGAGAAGAAGCAGUUGAAACAAGACAUCGACAAGCUGCCCGGUGACAAGCUGGGCAAGUUGGUGAAAAUCAUUCAUGCCAGGGAGUCGUGUCUGCGAGACUCCACUCUUGAGGAAAUUGAGGUUGACUUUGAACUCCUCAAACCUUCCACACUGAGAGCCCUGCAGAAGUUUGUUAGAGCAUGUCUGAGGAAAUGCAACAAGAAUGUUAACAAACAAAAGCAGGUAAAACCCACAGUAGGAAUGAAGGCUGGGAAAUUAAAGGAGGCUGACAAAUCUCAGGUUGUCAGUAAAGAGCAGAUCUUUAUCAAGAAAAAUAAGCCAGUAGCAGCUAAAGUUAUCAUAUUGCCUGACCUCAACCACCAUUCACACCUCAGUGAAGGCAGCAGCUCAUCAUCCAGCAGCAGCAGCAGCAGCAGCAGCAGUAGUGAUUUUAGCACCCCUGAUAGCAGUGACUCUGAAUCAGUGCCAAAUCCAAAGAAGCAGAAAAGAAAGAACUCUUUUCAGAAGACAAAGUUGAAGGAGACUCACCCUGACUGUAGCAUGCAGAUAUCAGAGACAAAAGAUAUGACAAACACCGCCGUGGAGACUUGUCAGUCCCAUCCUGCUGUGCAGUCAUCCACAGCAGAAACCAUAGAAGAUCAUCAGACACUUCUCAAUGCAGAGCAGACCUGUGAUAAUAUGGCUUUAUCACCUCCAGGUACUACUCACAUACAGGUCUCCUUUGUCUCAGCUGACAAGGAAUUUAACCCAUGCAACAAUUUGGCCUUAACACAUACCGAUUUGUCUGCCCUUCUGUCCCCCAUGGCAUCUCCAGGAGUUGUGCUGGACUGGGCGGCUGCCAGAUUUGAGCAGGGCCCGGUGCUAUCGCCUCUGAGAGAUAGUCCGCUCCCAUCCAAAGAUGAGACCAGAUCCAAUUUCAGAUACUCUGAAGAUUUUCCCGACAAUCAGGUGACUGGUCUGAAUUACACCAACACAACAAUUAGAUCUACUGAAGAGGAAAAACCCCAAAUAACCAAAAAGGUUGGUGAUAUGGAUAUGGAAAAGGACAUAGUUCUGAAAAAUGCCGUGUCUUGGGCGAGACUGGUGAGACAAUCGGUCACUCCAACUGCAAUCAAGUCUUCUAGAGAGAGCUUCCAGCAGUUCCGAAAGGCUGUCAUAGAAAAGGAAGAACGUGAAAAAGCUCUGAAGAAGAAACAGGAGGAUGGACACAAGGAGCGGGAAGCUCCUGAAAAGAGCAGCCUAUCUGGCUCAUGUAAAGCCGAAAUGAUCACACAACCUAUAAAGGAGGAUCCUGAUUCACCUGAAAGCAUUUGCACAGAGGCUUCUCUAGACUCUCCUAAAGAUGUGGAGCAUCAAAAGUCUCCAAAAGAAACACAGCCUGUAACCACACAGUCCCAGGUAGAAAGAGAGAUGGCCCGCAGGAGAGAACAAGAACGUCGCAGACGAGAGGCCAUGUCUAGUAUUGACAUGACUAUGCAGCGGGACAUCAUGACUAACUUUGAGCUGAACCUGGACUAAAAACAACCGGGGCCUGCAGAAGCAACCUUUCAUCUUUUCAACACGUCCCUCUCUCAUCAGUGAAAAUCUCGACUUGUUGCCGCUUUCUUCAGCACUUCAGACAACUUUAUGGCAACCUUGUUUGUUUACGAGAAUAUAAAAUAAAAUGUUAAUUAAGGAGAAAGACCUGGAAUAAAUAAUAAAUGGGUCAGCCCCUACUUUGUAUUUGAAAUAGUUGGUGAAUGUGAACUGAUCCACUCUUCAAGUUGAGAUGAUCAGGGUAAAGCACUGUGAAAAUCUGUUUGGAACAUUUUGUGCUUAAAUGUUCUUUUCCCAUCUUGAUGACUCAACGUACAGCCCACAGCUGUGUAAGAAAAGCUUCUACAGACAUCCAUAGAAAAUGCCAAGUUAAAAUGCGUCUUUGUUUAGUUUGCUGUAACGUGCAGUGUUGUUUUGUUCUCAUGUUAAGUUACCCCACUUGAUUAACCCUCACCACCACGUGUCAGUUCAUCAUCAUUCGUAAUAAAACAUGAGGUACACAGAUAUUUAGGGUGAAUGUUAAAUGCAUGUAUGCAUACUUUCUUUAAGAGAAGGAUUCUUGCACAAAUGUAAAGUACAAUGUGGAACAAAAAGGAGAAGGACUAUGCCAAAGUUUCUAACACAGACUCUGAUAAACACAGCUCCUUCUAUGCUUGACUGGAUUGAAAGAUGUUACCGUUUACACUCACUGCACUUUGCUGUUUAGACAGUUCUGUUUGUUCCAAAGUUGUGUUUGGAGAUUAUCAAUAUUUUCUGUAUGUUACAGUUUGUAUAUGCUAAAGAAUUUUUCUUUCCUCAUUUUUUACUUGACAUAAAUAAUAAAGUUAUUUUCACUAAGUGA